UCGGAGUUCCCGGAGUUCUAAUAUGUAAACUUCAUUUUACUUUAUGGCUCCGUUAAGUCUUUUCAAAUAAUUUUAAUGUUACGUCAUAUUAGAUGAACACGUCAAUUUAACUAGGAAAAAGGAAGUUACCGUCACAUCAACGACCACGCUGCAGUCUCUCAUAUUUCAAAUGAUAGAGCAAACAAACAGCGCUCUCCACGCCUUCCCGGAGGCAUCCACGUGAAACAGCGCGGCGAAGGAUGAACAAGCUUCCUCUGGGAGACAAAGCUGCUUCAAGCAAAGUAAAUCGUUGGGUGGAUCCAUCUUUUAAUGAUUUCAGCAGCUCAUACAGCUCCUCAUUGCCUGGACGGAGGAAGGGCAGCUCUAAGCCUCAGUCCAAACGGCAACGAAAGAGCACAGGUGAAGCUGAGAGCACAGACUGUCAGUUGCCUUACGUGGACCAGGAUGAACCCUGGGUGGACAGAUAUUUCCCCCACUCACAGAUGGAGCUCGCUGUCCACAAGAAGAAGAUAGAAGAAGUGGAGAACUGGAUAAGGGCUCAAACAAACUCAGCAAAGGGUGGAGUUUUGCUACUGACAGGACCAUCAGGCUGUGGAAAGACAGCUACGGUGCGGGUUCUGUGUCGAGAGCUGGGCUUCAGGAUCCAGGAGUGGACAAACCCCGUCAACGUGGAGUCAUACAGCUGUGGUGAACAUGACUGGAGGAUGAAGGACUAUUCCUGCAGCUCCCAGUUAGCCCAGUUCCAGGACUUUCUUCUAAGGGCCAAUAAGUACAAUUGUCUGAGGAUGUCAGUUGAUGGAGGGGCUGCAGAGAGGAAGCUCAUACUGGUGGAGGACUUUCCAAACCAGUUCUACAGGCAGCCUGGCAACCUUCACAGUAACCUGAGGCGUUUUGUGAAGACAAGUCGGUGUCCUCUGGUAUUUAUAGUGUCUGACAGUACUAGUGGAGACAGCAGCUCACGUGCUCUUUUUCCACGAGACAUCCAAGAAGAGCUGGACAUCAGCAACAUCAGCUUUAACCCAGUGGCUCCAACCACAAUGAUGAAGGUUCUGACCCGCAUUUCCAGCCAGGAGGCAGGAAAGAGCUGUGGGAGGAUGUGCUUACCAGACCAGGCCAUGUUGGAGGCGCUGUGUACAGGGAGCUCGGGAGAUAUUCGCAGUGCUAUCAACAGCCUCCAGUUCUCCUCCUUUCCAGACACAUCAUUGGAGAAGGGGUUGUGGAGGAUGAAGAAGGACCGACCAUCAUCUUCAUCACUGGGCAAAGCAGUUUCCAAAACAAACCAGAGGAAGAAGAAAACGAAGGCGUUAAAGGAGCAGGAUGAGGAGCAGGCGAUCGGAGGGAAAGACGCCUCCCUGUUCCUGUUCAGAGCACUGGGGAAGAUCCUGCACUGUAAACGAGGAGACUGUGAAGGUGUUGAUGCUGCCCCUGGUCCUGGUCUACCACCUCACCUCCGUCAUCACCAUAGAGAAGCACUGUUAGUAGACCCUGAGGUAAUUGUUGAACGGUCACACUUGCCCGGGGAAUUCUUCAACCUGUACCUCCACCAGAACUUCUUAGACUUCUUCUCUGAGGUGGAGGAUGUGGAGCGAGCCAGCGAGUAUCUGUCUGAUGCUGACCUGCUUACGGCUGAUUGGACGUCUCGCAGCAUCAUGGGGGAGUACGGCUCUUCGGUGGCUGCCAGGGGGCUCCUUCACGCCAACCGCCAACAGGUUUCUGUGGGUUUCAGACCGCUGCACAAGCCCAGCUGGUUUCUAGUCAACAAGAAGCACCGGGAGAACUGCCUGACUGCCCAGGCCUUGUUCACAAGCUUCUGUCUGACACCAGUGAGCCUCCAGACUGAACUGCUGCCUUACCUGGCUAAACUCACCAACCCAAUGAGGAACCAAGCUCAGAUAGCGUUCAUCCAGGACGUGGGUCAGCUGUCCCUGAGGCGGUUUCCAGCAAGCAGAUUAAAGCUGGAGGCCCUCACGGACAGAGAGCCAGGUCAGCUGGAGGAGGAAGAGGAAAAGGCGGAGAAAAGGGAGGUUCAGGAUGGCGCUGAGGAGGGUCUGCCAGCCAGUCAGCCCCAACCCACAACAAGUCAGAACCUGCUGGAGGAGGAGGACCUGCUCAUAGAGGAAUAUGACAGUGACUGACACUCAGCUCACACUGACACGGGCCUGAUUAAAAUGGGUUCUGCUUUAGUUUACCUCCUAAGUAUGUUAAUGACUGUGAUAGUACUUCUGGUGUUACCAGGAGUUUUGUGUCUUCAGGAUGUGAUCAUUUUUCACACAGGUUUAUUGUCUUGUAGUUGAGUAUUGUUAGUAUUUAUUUUACAGCGCUUGUUUGUUUCUGCUGUUCAGUUUGUUAAGUCCAGUUUGUAACUGACAGACCUUUUCCGUUUCUCUUUAUUAUUGCAUUAAAUGCUCAUUGAGGGAUCACUUGUUGGAUUAUGAAUAUGUGAACUCCGAUGACUUGGACGUUAUCGUGGCCCCACACCCCUUCAUCCAAUAUUUACUCAACAGGUUGUGUGGAGUUGUGUGUGUGGUGAUGGUGAGGCAUUGUGUCUGCUGCAAGGAAGCACCUUCAGCAUAAAGUCCAGACGUGGGCAGCGGCAGUGACGCUUUUCGCAUAUGACAAAUAAAGGUUGUUUUUGUAAGA